CUCCCCUCAUCCCCCGGUUCCCCUCCCUUACCUUCAGUCCCUGGUUCCCCUCAUCCCUCGUUCCCCUCACCGACCCUCGUUUCUCCUCACUAAGCCUCCAUCCCCGGCUACCCUCCCAGCUGCCAGCCGCGGUUCCCCUCAUGCCCGCGGCCCGGCCGCAGAUGGGGCGCGGCCGCCGCGGCCGCCCGCCCGUGCCGCUGGUGUACGUGAACAGCUUCGGCUCGCACCGCUGCGGCACCGUGAUCCGCCUGGGCCCGGGCUGGCGGCAGAGUCCCGGGCAGAGCCCCCCGGGCCGGGCUGCGGCCCCGAGAGCCGCCCAGGAGCCGCGGGCCGGGCGCGGUCCCGGGCCGGGCGGCAGCGGGAGGCGAGCGGGGAGCGAGGGGAGAGGCGGCAGCGGCACCAGCAGCGGUGACCCUCGAGAGGCUAAGACUGACAUCUUUGACUUUCCCAUCCCUUCAAGAAACGUUGAUAAAGCCAUUAAACGAGAGAAGAAAAAGUCCAAAGUCUGGCACAAGGUCUGGAAAGUGAUUUCAAAAAUGCUUGAGGAAAAUGAAAGGCUCAGAAGUCGACUGUUGAUCUGCAGCCAGUUUGAUGGAGGAGAUGAUGAUUUUCCUCCACCUGAUGUUCUGCAGGCUCUGGCAGGAUCCAGAGGUCACAGAAUGGAGCAUACCUGGACACGGAUGAGUCCAUCUUUGGCUGGGUGUAGCAAGGAAAUAAAAGAAGAUUCAGCCCCAGAGGAAAUAUAAACAAAGUGAAAGCUUUUAUUUUGAUCUAGUUCUUCCUGGAGUCAGUACAAGAUUGCAAAGUGACUUCAGGGAACACAGGUUCUCUGUUGUUUGCUUGGUGUUUGUGCUUCUGCUGUUUAAGAGGUUUGUUUUUACAGUGGCUUAAACAGCUCUGUUGCAAGAUAUUUAUCUCAAGCCAUUAAGUUUCACUGAGCUAUUAGUUUUAGAAAGCUUUUUAAUGAGCAUAAUAUUGUGACAGUUUUCUUGCAAAAGAAGAGAUACACAUUUACUGUUGUCUCUGUAUUUAUAUAUUUUAUUUUUGUAGCUUGUCAGAAUAAUAAACACAAAUUCAGUAAGGCAGAACUCCGCACAAGACAUAAACUCCACUUUUCUUUUUUCCUGGUUUGCAUAAAUUUGACUUUAUGAUAUUAAAAUAUUACACAAUAUCCCUCUCUGUUCUUUCAUCUAUUUAUACAUGAAUCUUAGCAAGUAUUUGGAAUAUGAAACCAGGUGAAUGUUUUCUCUCUUUAUUCAUCCUGAGGCACAUAAUGGUACCAUCACAAUCAGGAGAUGUUGUUUAUCUACCUGACUUCAAUAACACAAUAUAAUUUUCUUCUGUUAUGCAGCUUAAUACUUGAACCCUUGAUUGACUGUUAAAGCCUUUUAAGCCAGCAAAUUGUGUAAAUGGAACAUGGAAACUGCAUAAAAAUAGUUAUGUAUAUGGGGUUCAUCUCGGGAGUAUAACAUUCACCUGUCACAUUGAGACCUCCUUGCUUUCAAUAAAAGGAUUGUUUCCUCCUGC